AUGCAUAUAAUUAUGGAAGCGAUUGAAAACUUUGAAGGAACUGUGUCAGUUGGAGGACAAAACGUGUUCAAUCUUAGAUUUGCGGAUGACCUAGAUCUGAUUGCAGGUAGCAAGGAGGAACUAGCUAACAGCACGGAAAAGUUAGACAACACAACAAGAAAGUAUGGAAUGGAGAUAAGCAGUGAAAAGAGCAAGAUUAUGCAACUGGCCAAAUUGAAUAACAUUUGGAACAACAAGAAAAUUCGAGUGGGAAUAAAGAUCAGGCUUAUGCACGCUCUCGUUACGUCUAUAGUGCUUUAUGGAUGCGAGUCAUGGACACUCAGCAAACGUCUGGAAAGGAGGCUGAACGCUUUCGAAAUACGUUGCUUUCGACGCAUACUGGGAGUCAGCUACCGGGAUCACCGUACCAACGUCUCCAUAAUUCAAGAGAUCACUGACAAGGCAGGAUCGUUCGAACCACUUCUUGAAAUAGCCAGAAGAAGGAAACUGCAGUGUCACAGUAGUAAAAUCCUCCUGAAAAUCAUUGCUGGGUUCAUGGAAACAAAAUUAGAUGAUGGAAUUACAGAUGAACAAGCUGGGUUUCGUCCUAGAAAAGACAGGGGGAUCCUCCAGGCCGCCACGCCUCGCCCUUCAACUCUGGCAACCAUGUCAAGUUUUAAUGAGGCUCUCGAAAACGGGGAUUGCCUUGACCUCUGCAAGUCGUAUAUAACUUUCGAGUCAUUCGUUCUAGUUGCCUUUGGAGCAUCUGGUGGCAGUCGCGGCCCUGAUUGUGGCUGGGGCUUCGGAGGAGGAAGUGGAUUUGAUGGCUUCGCCGGUGGAGUGAAUUCGUUUGGUGGAUCGGGAGGCUUUGCAGAUGGGUUUGGUGGAGUUGGAGGCCUUGAUGGUGGAUUAGGUGCCCUUGGUGGAUUGAGUAGUCUUGAUGGUAGACUGAAUGGUUUCGAUGGUGGAUUAGGUGGAUUCGGUGUCCUUGACGGUGGAUUGAGUGGUUUCGAUGGUGGAUUAGGUGGAUUCGGUGGCCUUGACGGUGGAUUGAGUGGUUUCGAUGGUGGAUUAGGUGGAUUCAGUGGCCUUGAUGGUGGAUUGAGUGGUUUCGAUGGUGGAUUCGGUGGCCUUGACGAUGGGUUGAGUGGUUUCGAUGGUGGAUUAAGUGGUUUCGAUGGUGGAUUAGGUGGAUUCGGUGGCCUUGAUGGUGGAUUGAGUGGUUUCGAUGGUGGAUUAGGUGGAUUCGGUGGCCUUGAUGGUGGAAUAGGUGGGUUUGAUCCUGGAUUAACUGGAUUUGAUGGCUUUAGUGGGGCUGGCAACAUAGAUGGUGGACUGGGUGGUUUUGAUGGCGACGGAUUAGGUACCUUUGCUGCUGGUUUAACCGGUCUCGAAGGUGGACUCACUAGAUUGGAUGGUGGAUUAGGUGGUUUUGAUGGUGGAUUAAGUGGCUUUGAUGGUGGAAUAGGUGGAUUCGGCGGUCUCGAUGGUGGAUUAAGUGGAUCAGUUGGUGGACUAAGUAGCCAGCUGAGUGGCCUUGGUAGUGACCUGAGUGGAUUUGAUGGAGGACUGACAAGUUUUGAUGGUGCUGUCGCCUCUGCACUUAUAGCGGGGCCGGGCUUUGAUGCAUCCGGUGGAGGAGUAGGGGGCCAGGGUGGACUGAGUGCGGGUGGAGGACUUACAGACUCCUCCGCGGUAGUCUCAGGCGGAGGCGAUGUUGGAGUUGGACUUCCUCGGGGAGGCGCUGUUAGUUCCGGAGGCGGCGGGGGAGACGCCGCUGGCACUGGGCUCCCCUUCGGAGGCGUGGCCGAUGGCGUUGGUAGUCCUGUUGAUACCUCCUUUGGCGUUGGUAGCCCUGUUGAUGCCUCCUUUGGCGUUGGUAGCCCUGUUGAUACCUCCUUUGGCGUUGGUAGCCCUGUUGAUGCCUCCUUUGGCGUUGGUAGCCCUGUUGAUGCCUCCUUUGGCGUUGGUAGCCCUGUUGAUACCUCCUUUGGCGUUGGUAGCCCUGUUGAUGCCUCCUUUGGCGUUGGUAGCCCUGUUGAUGCCUCCUUUGGCGUUGGUAGCCCUGUUGAUGCCUCCUUUGGCGUUGGUAGCCCUGUUGAUGCCUCCUUUGGCCCUGCUGAUACCUUAGUUAGUGUUGGUAGCCCUGUCACUGCCUCCCUUGGUACCCCGACUGAUGCCUCCAUUGGCAUCGGCAGCCAUGGCGAUGCCUCUGUUGGUAUUGCUGAUGCAUUCGUUGGAGGUCUCAUCGACAGCCCCGUCGACGUCUCCGCUAGUUUGGCUGGGUCUAGCGCCCUCACAGCAAACCCUGUUGCGGGGUCGAUCAGUACUGGGAGCUCAAGUUCUCUUGUUUCUGGCAACCACGGGGGCGCUAGCGCCCCCCCUCCGACCCUCAAAAGCUUUAUGAAUUUCGGAAGCCCCGUCAGUGUUGGCACCUCUGCAAGUGCUGCAGGCUCUAUGACGGUUGGCAGUCCUGUCAGCAUUAGUGCUCCUUUAAGUGUCGAGAGUUCUAUGCCUAUUGGUAGCCCUGUCAGUGUUAGCAGUCCUCUAAGUGCUACGAGUUCUAUGACAAUUGGCAGCCCUGUUACUGUUAGCAGUCCUUCGGGGUUUAAGAGCACGAUGACAAUUGGCAGCCCUGUAAGCGUGAGUUCUCCCGCGCAGACUACAACUACAGUUGCUAGCGGACCCGAGAGUGCUAGCCGUCCUCCAAGGAUUGGAACUUCCACACAUGUUACAGGCACGGUGGGUAUUGCUAGUCCUGCAAGUGUUAGUAACGCUAGAAGUGUGGGUACAUCCGCAAGUGUUGCUGUUGGCAGCCCUGUGAGCGUUAGUAGUACAGUAGGUGCUGGAAGUGGAGUAAGUGUCAAGAGCACUAUGACAGUUGGCAGCCCCGUGAGUGUCGGCAGCCACGGCGUCACGACCGCAGGCCCUGUUCUCGCCCACGGCAGCAGAGGUCGAGGCGAGGGUGACCACAGCAGCAGAAGAACCAGUGGCUCCUUUAGCAUCACGAAGGCCCACCUGACACACGUUGGCACCUUCGAAGGCCGUGACAUUAUAGAUCACAUAUUCGAUGGCGAUAACUUCAGCGUCACCAAAGCUCGACUGACCCACGUUGGCACUUUGCCCCCGUCCGGCUCUUCCGGUGCCAGUCGAGAUUACAGCAGAUAAAGAGAUUCCAAGACACAGGUUCCAAGAAAUGGGUGUGUGCUUGUGUAUGUGCUGCGUACGAUCCAUCUCUAAGGACUAUGUAAAUAAGUUUCAGAUAAUGUGUUUGGUGUGCUGCUGUAAAACCUGAUGUAGAAAGCGGAAA